GUCAUCAAUUUGGUAUGGUACAUUUGUUGCCAGAUUUCACGUAGCAAAUUCCGACUGCCCCCUAAAAAUGGAGUACGGAAAUCCGAAUUAGGGUACCCAAUGAUCGAUGGCCAUAUGCCACAACAAUUGCACCUCUUGAUUCUGGUCAAUUUCUCAAUUUUCCCAUUCUUCUUGGAAUCGAGAUCCGUGUUCAUCUGAAGAUAUGGGGUUGCCGGAGAUGGAAUCCAUGGCGUCGGCGAUCGGAGUGUCCGUGCCGGUGCUCAGAUUCCUGCUGUGCUUCGCUGCCACUAUUCCGGUGAGUUUGCUUCAUCGGUUUCUACCCGGCGGCGCAGCCGGGAGGCACGUCUACGCCGCCGUGACCGGCGCCGGGCUCUCUUACUUGUCUUUUGGGUUUUCGUCGAAUCUCCACUUUUUGGUUCCCAUGCUCUUGGGAUACGUUUCGAUGCUCGUUAGCCGCGCUUAUUGCGGGGCCAUCACUUUUUUCUUGGCCUUUGGUUAUCUCAUUGGAUGCCAUGUAUACUACAUGAGCGGGGAUGCAUGGAAAGAAGGUGGAAUUGAUGCUACAGGUGCUUUAAUGGUGAUUACCCUGAAAAUCAUUUCGUGUGUUAUAAAUUACCAAGAUGGAAUGCAUAAAGAAGAGGGUUUAAGCGAGGCACAGAAAAAAAAUCGUUUGACCCAUCGGCCAUCAUUGCUGGAGUACUGUGGCUAUUGCCUCUGUUGUGGAAGCCAUUUUGCCGGUCCAGUCUAUGAAAUGAAAGAUUACCUUGAAUGGACGGAGAGAAAAGGAAUAUGGAAGCCUUCGGAGAAAGGGCAUCCUUCACCUUUUGUGCCAACAUUAAGGGCUAUUUUUCAAGCAGCUCUUUGUAUGGGAAUCUAUCUGUACUUGGUCCCUUAUUUCCCUCUUUCCAGAUUUACUGAUUCAUUAUACCAAGAAUGGGGAUUUUGGAAACGGCUGGGUUAUCAGUACAUGUCUGGCUUUACUGCACGUUGGAAGUAUUAUUUUAUCUGGUCAAUCUCAGAAGCCUCUAUCAUUAUUUCUGGUCUGGGUUUCAGCGGUUGGACAGAUUCUUCAAAACCAAAACCACGUUGGGACCGUGCAAAAAAUGUAGACAUAUUAGGUGUUGAACUGGCAAGAAGCUCAGUUGAGUUGCCUCUUGUAUGGAACAUACAAGUCAGCACCUGGCUACGUCAUUAUGUCUAUGAGAGGCUCAUCCAAAAGGGAAAGAAGCCUGGUUUCUUCCAGUUGUUGGCUACUCAGACGGUCAGCGCAGUAUGGCAUGGUUUAUAUCCCGGGUACAUUAUAUUCUUUGUCCAAUCUGCCAUUAUGAUUUCUGGUUCAAAAGUGAUUUACAGAUGGAAACAAGCUAUAAGCAGUCCUAUCGUAAAGAGGAUUCUAGCAUUCUUUAACUUUGCCUACACUGUUCUGGUUCUCAAUUACUCUUGUGUUGGUUUCAUGGUAUUGAGCCUCCAUGAAACUGUGGCUUCAUAUGGCAGCGUAUACUAUGUGGGGACGGUUGUGCCUAUUGCUUUGACCCUGCUCGGUAACGUCAUCAAACCAGCGAGGCCAUCGAAAUCCAAGGCUCGAAAAGAUCAGUGAGCUAAGGAUCACUUUUUUUUUGGGGGGGGGGGGGGGGGGGGUUUGCACGUUGCGUUAUGUGUAGCAUCUGUGUGGGUGAUAUGCUCAUUUGCCCCUUGCACAUUUGAGUGUGUUAUUGUUGUUUGGAUUUUCAUUUUAAAUGAUACAAAACUUAUUAAGCCUUAAUAAUGUAUCACUUUGCUAAGUGAUAGAAUUGAUCUCUAAACUAUUCUAUGGGCGCUUGUUGUUGAUUCAUAGUUGGUGGCUCAAAGAAAUGUUUUGGAACUUG